AUCAUGUUUUGACAGCUGAUUACCAUCAACAAUCGUGAAAUGAAACGUGUGGAAAAGGAAUAGGAAUUUUUGGGAUUCCAGUAUUAUUUUAGGUUUUGUUUAACUUAAAUCAUUAUACAAAUCUAAAUAAAUAUGACGGCAGUACACGUUAUAAGAAGGUUUGGUGUUCCAUUAGCUAACAUGUGUUGUCAUAAAAAGCCGACAAAAUUACAAGUGCGAUAUAGUGCUACUUUAGGAUUAACUGCGAAGAGAUUUGCUCCAGUGCUUAUAAAAGCUCGCCACCUGGGGCUAGGACCCACGUCGAAGGAUUUCGAGGAGCCCACACAAAUAACAGGACCAAUAACGAAACUACAUGCGGCUGAGCUCGUUCUACACUUAAAAGCUGAUGAGAGGAAAUUGUUGUUCACGGCGCUACAGGAAUAUGAAUCUAAUAGGAUUAAAGAGGAGUUCGAAGACAAACUAGCAGGCCAGAGAUGGAGGACUAAGCUAGGUAGGCCCAGCAAAGUGCCCACACUCGGCGAUGUAGACCCUACAGGCACCUACUGUCCGGUCCCCGAAGACUGGCUGAAGAAAAAGUAUGCGGCCACAGUACCCAAGCCUACGACCAGGGAGUUAGUCCACUUGUCAUUAGCAAAUUCAGUGCCAUUCAUCGGUUUUGGCUUCUUGGAUAACUUCGUAAUGAUAGUUGCGGGCGACAGCAUCGAAAGCAGCAUGAGCGCGUUCAUCACAAUCUCGACGAUGGCGGCGGCCGCGCUCGGCAACACGUUCAGCGACGUGAUCGGCAUCGGCUCCUCGUACUACGUGGAGCGCGCCGCCGCCAUGCUGGGCAUGGCGCCGCCCCCGCUCGCGCCCGUGCAGCUCGACAUGCCCGUGUGCCGCCGCGUCUCCAACCUGGGCCGCGUUCUAGGUAUCACAUUAGGCUGCUUCCUCGGCAUGACGCCGCUCCUCUUCAAGGACGACAAGGAUGACAAGGAGAAAGACAAGGACGGCAAGAAAGAUAAACAAGAACCUAAAGCGGAAGUGAAGGCGGAAACGAAAGCGGAUUUGAAGAAGAGUUAAUUCUGGAAAGUGUUAGGAGGGGCGGAUAGACCAGUAUGGUACUAAUCUACUUAUAUUUUACUGUUGUGGAAUGUGCUAAGAAAAUAAAAUGUAUUUGACUUGGCGCAAAGCAUUAUCUCCGACAUCGAUUACGAGUGUAAAGUUUUAUAGCACGGCGUGCCAUUCACACCAUGAAUAUUUUAAGGCAGAGGGAAUAUAUUUCCCAUUAUGAUGUUGAACUUUAUUUUCAAAGUGAUAGGGUUUAAUUUUGCACAAUUUCUAUCGCCCUUAUGUCCGUUAACUGACAAUUCGUAAACUUUAUUGCGAAGACAUAAGGUCCACCGAUGGUCAAUUAAGUGUUAGCAGUGUUGCUGUUAGUAAUCUGUCAAAGUAACAUUUACGCUUUCAAAUAUGGUUUAUAUUCGCUAACUUUCGUGAGGAAACCUGCAUAUAUAUGCGAAGAAAUUCAAAGGUGUAUGUGAAGUCCCCAAUCCGCAUUGGGCUAGCGUGGGGACUAUAGCCCAAGUCCUCUCGCGCAUGAGAGGAGGCCUGUGCUCAGCAGUGGGACGUAUAUAGGCUGAAAUGAUGAUGAUGAUUCGCUAACUUUUACUAAUGGUGCGUUAUGUUUUUGUAUAUAAUUUAAACAGCUUAUACAUGAUUCUGCAACAGUAAACAUAAGAAGUUCGCGCUGAAACAAUUAUAUCCGCCCCUGAACGCAAUACAUUAAUGUACUUAGCAUCACAUUUUAAAGACACCAUUUUUGAAAUCUCAUCUUCUUAGAAUGUGAUUAAAGCACUGUUUGAAAACAAAAUAUCGGCCUAACUGGAGCACUUGUAGUGUAAUUAGGAACUUAUUGCUAAAGAAAUAGGGUCUAAAUUAAAACGACCGUUUAUAUAUAGCGUCUUUGCUCUUGGUCGUUUUAGAGACAAGUUAAAAAAAUAGGGGUACAACUCACGUGUAGAAUUAUGUCUGCUAUUAGUUAAAAAAUGCAGGAUAUUUUAAUGAAUGUAGGCUUAAAGUUUUCUAUGCGACGUAUACUGUGACUUUGGACUUCAUGUAGUCUAUUUGACUUAUAUUGCAUAUAAUGCGCGCUGUGUAAGUUGUAAGGUAAUAGAUAUUCGGUGUUGUGCAUUUAGUUCUGAAUAUUACCUACACUAAUAUUGACUUGAAAUGUCACACUUCAAAAUUACUUAACUAUGGUCCUUAUUCUGUAAUAAGGUACAAAUAAGUUUAAUCUCACGAGUAUAUUUCUUGUGAGACCUGUCUUCCAUGUACGCUGCAAUAUUUGAUAUAAUUUGAGGUAAAAGUUUACAAAAAGCCUAAUGUGCAUUACAUGUACAGUCACCUGCAAUAAUAUGUUACUCUUCGAACGCCGCAAAAAUAUGUGACACGCACGUAUGGCUCUACAAAUAAGAUCGUGUUAGAUAUUUUUGCAGCCUUCGUUGUGUAACAUAUUAUUGCAGGUGACUGUACUACAAUGUACGCUUACAAAUUAAUCUAAUUAGAACCUUUUAUAUAACUAUAAAGAAGCAUUUUUUUCUUUUUAUUCAUUGAUUUUUAAAGUUUUUAAACAACCGAUAUUCAUCCUAAUUUAAUGUGAAACAAGGUUCAAAUUCAAAAUAGGAUUUCUUUAUAGUGAGCCUUAAAGGCAGAGUUAAGGUCGAUAUUUCAAUGUGUCAUUAUGUUUUAUGUUAAGACUCGUUUACCUCAAAUAAUUUCAAACUCAACUAAGUUGUUGAUCACACGAAUAUUAAGAGAAAAUUUGCUUAUAAUAUUAGUCAUUGUAUUAAGUGUUUGUUAUAUUUUAAUACCUAGGUAAUUUUUUAUCGGGUUAUUUUGAAAGUUUUUUUUACGAAUUUAAAUAUUUUUAUCUUGCCAAUGGCAGCUCUCUGGCAUUGAUAGUGAAAUAAAAAUGUGGCCAGUAGCGGGACAAGAUAUUAUUUUAAAUAUAUACAUAGACAACCCCAAUCGCUGCCUAACAGUUUUUUGGCAUCACAUGUCAAAUCUCAUACAAACCUGUAUUGAAUCGGAUUGUUACUUUAGUAAGCCUCGUUUACACUUUCGAGUAUAACUAGCUCAGUACCAGGCCUAGGUGAGUGUUCUAUGCAGAGUGACUCGCAAUAUUUACAGUAUUUGAAAGCCGGAAGGUUGUAACUACUGUAACUUUUCCACGCCGCACCAAUCUACAAGAUUUUCCCAAAAAAUCCAAAUAUAUUCCAGUUAAUCCAGCUUUGAUUAACUAUGAUUAAUAAUUAUGAUUAAUAAUUUGAAGACAAGUCGCGUUUCCCGUAAGCGCUAUCUAAUUUGAACCUUAAAUCGGAAUGCAAAAGUUGAAAUUCUAUUGGCGCGCGUCUGGUUGAUAAAUCAUACACUGAGAGAAAAGUACACCAAAAACACACUUAGAAUUACAAAAAUAAACUUAAUCCGGGGACAAGGAGAGUUAACUAAUAGGAACAAAUUGACUUUUGCAAUUUCUAUUAGUUCUUGCAAUUUCUAUUAUCUGUUUGUUGAAAUUAUAUUUGGGGUUACUGAGCUGUUUGUAGAAAUAAAUAAACUUUACAGAAAUAGUGAAACGUCCAUAAUUAUUACUAAAACUUCAUUUUUUCCCCCAGUACAGAACUGUUUUUUAAUUCCUGGUGAUGAUUUUUCUCUCAGUGUACUAUGCCUGGAAAAGAGUUAUAUAGUGCGAAUGCCGACUCCCUUCCCUGUUGCUCGAAGACGGACUCUCUUACGCUACUAAAAAAAUACUUUUGGCUGAGGAACGCUGUACAAGUACUGACUGGAAGAGACACUCGCCAAGUGUAAACGGGGCUUUAGUUAUACGCUUGUUGCUGCUGUUGUCCCAUAGAAGAAUACGUAGUAUGUAUAUGUUAUUUACUCGUUUGUCGUAACGUGUAAGGUAAGCUGCACCCACUGCAUUGCGAAUAUAGUGUAAGGUCAGAUAGGUAAAAGGAAUACACAAGGUAGAAGUACUAAGUGCUCGACGCUACACUAAUAUUCGACAUGGGCACUUUAUGUCAAAGUAAUAUAGGUUGAAUUUGAACGGCGAAGAUUUUUCUGCAUUCAAAUUUAAUCCUUGUCACUUUGACAUAAAGUGCCCAUGUCGAAUACUAGUGCAGCGUCGAGCACUAGUACUUCUACCUUACCUAUAUGUAAAAUAUAUUACACACACAUAAGUAUACAUUUUUUCUUUCAUAAACAGCGCUAUUAAAAGUUUCUGAAAGACAUUUUUAGUUUAAUCUUAACCACAAGAGCAAUAAUAAUUUUUGAAAUUAUAUGAGUGGCAAUGUAUUUUGGGUAUUGUCGUUUCAGCACUUAGUAUACUUCAUUUAGAAAAGCAAAUAUACGCAAUCAUAUUUAUUUUAUUGUAGUUCUUUCCUUGCUAUUCCUUAUUAACCUGUCUGACAUUUGUCUAAGAUUUUUGUAUAUAAAUGUUGUAAAGUUUAGUACAAAAGAGUAUUGAAAUCUCAACAGUUAUGAAGUUCCUGUGUAGAUAUUUUAUUGUAAAUAGUCUCACUCGGCAAUAAUAUUCAAUUUUACAUCUUAUGUGCAAAGUAAUAGAGCUCACUUCUUUGUUGCUUAAGUAUUUUUUGCAAUGUAAGUAUUCUAAAGCAUUUAACUAUUAACAUGGAGUCUUUGGAGUGACAGUGGGGAAAUUUUUCAUAUAUCAAAUUAUAUAAUGUUACCUUUAUUCAGAUCAAAGUUUUCUAUUUAUUGUUCGAUGGAUGUUUUAUAAUAUGACUUUGUGAUUAUUAUUUAGAUGAAUAUAAUUAUAUUUAAUGCAAUC